GAAGAAGAAGAGUGUAGUUUAUUUUGUGAGCGGUUUGAAGGGGGAGUGUAAAGAUGGUUGCUUCUGUCACUAAAUCACAACGGGCUCCGUUUAGGAGUUUCUGUGUUUUAUUUCCAAUGUUUCGCUUGAAAACCAUCCGUCCGUUAAUAUGUCUGUUAGUCACCGUUUGUGUUUGGACGAGCCAGUCGUUGGCGGAGGACACGGACUUUAUGGAGGAGUUUAUGAAGCGGGAAUAUUCUCUGGCGAAGCCGUACCGAGGACUGGGUUUCUCUAGUUCUUCACAGUGGGACCUGAUGGGCACUGCCAUGGUCACACCCGACCAAGUGAGGCUGACUCCAGAUCUGCAGAGCAGGCAGGGAGCUGUGUGGAGUCGAAUUCCUCUCGUCUUGCGGGAUUGGGAGCUCAAGGUGCAUUUUAAAAUCCAUGGUCAGGGAAAGAAGAACUUAAACGGGGAUGGACUGGCCAUCUGGCUAACCAGAGAUCGCAUGCUGAAUGGUCCUGUGUUUGGCAACAUGAACCAGUUCACUGGACUUGGAAUAUUUGUGGACACUUACCCCAACGCUGACAGGACCCAUGAUAAGACACAAGCUGGAACUCAGAGGACCUUCCCUUACAUAUCAAUGAUGCUGGGGAACGGCACCCUGUCGUAUGACCAUGAUCGUGAUGGGCGACCCACUGAGAUCGGAGGAUGCACGGCUUUGGCACGCAAUUCGGUUCAUGACACUUUUCUCCUCGUCAGAUACUCUAAAAACAGGCUGACGCUCUUGGUUGAUGUCGAUGGUAAACAGGAAUGGAGAGACUGUGCCGACGUUACAGGACUGCGACUACCUACAGGAUACUUCUUAGGUGCCUCCUCAGCCACUGGAGACCUGUCAGAUAACCAUGACAUCAUCUCCAUGAAGUUGUACCAGCUGACCGUGGAGAGGACUCCAGAGGAGGAGGAAGAGGAGGAGGUCACCAUCCCCAGAGUUGACAACAUGGAACAGUUCCAAGUGGAAGUGGAGGAGGAAGGAAUGAGCGGCGUCCAGUUCUUCUUCACCCUCCUCUUCUCCAUCCUGGGCCUGGGCGUGCUGGCAGUGGUAGGGCUGAUGGUCUACGGCCGCUGGAAGGAGAACAAACGCAAGCGCUUCUAUUGAUAAGAAAGCAGUAGAUCCAGCUAGGUUUUCAGAACGUGUGUUUCUUAAUCGACAAACACGACAACAAUGCAAAGACUGCCGUAGCUUUACCGAACAACACGAAUCAAACGAACAAACGACCUCAUGAGCAGCUGAGGUGAUGAGAACAGACGAGCCAGCUGUAAAAUGCUCUUUUUGAAGUGUUCUGGAAGGUAGAUGAGAUAAAGCUGCUCUUGUGAUUUCAUUUUAUUUUUUUCUUUUAAAAUACGCUCAUCUCAGCUUAAAGCACAGUGGGGCUUUGGUGUCCUUCUGCUCGGUGAGACGCUGCGUCCACCAGCAGGAAGAGAGACCAGCUCCACAAUCAGCAGCAGAAUCAGAUGCUGUGUGGACUUCACUGACCACGUUCCAGGAUUCCUGCAGACCAGAUCCAGCUCUCAGUGGGUGGGACAGAUCCUACAGGGGGACAGUAAGUGAAGAUGUGAAGAUGAUGGCAGCAGUUUGGUGAUUAUCAUUUAAGUCAGAGGAGUCAAACUCAUUCUAGUUCAGGUUCCACAUUCAGCCCAGUCUGAUCUCCAGUGGGUCGGACCAGUGAAAUCACAGCAUAGUAACCUAUAAACAACGACAACUCCUAAAUUUAUUCACAGCGAUCUGGAAUAUAGCUGUGAAUAUAUAGUAUUUUACUUUAUGAUCAAAACGACAAAGUCAGACCAAAAAAGACACCCCCCCCCACCAAAAACAAAAAUAUUACAAAAACGAGACACAGAAUGACAAAAACGAGAAAAAACCUGACAAAAUAUGAGACAAACGACUGCAAACAAAACCAAAAAGAGCAAAGAUUAGACCAAAAGUUACAAAGCGACAGAAAAAUGGAAAAACAACAUAAGCGAGACAAAACAAGCACAAAACGACGUAUAAACCAGUGUUAGCUAGCAGGCAGCUAGCAGAGCAGGAUCCUAGCAGGAGGUGUGCCUUUCAGCUGGUAGACCUGUGAAAAUGAAGGAUGCUGUUGAGAUGAGUGUGGUGUGUGGAGGCUACAGCUAACAGUCCUCUGCAGCUCCUCUAACUCCGUGUGAUAAAACCAAAAAACAUGCAUGAUUUCAAUUCUGGUGCCGUCCUCAUUAAAGUCCUCCACUCCCAGCACUCCUUCAGUGCUUGCAGUACUAACCACUAGUCUCAUUAUGUACCAGUACCAGGCACUAUCUGCAAUAAAAUGCUGAAUCUCUGGAACUAUCUCUUAACAGCCACCCUGCAGGAUUUCAUUUAGGGGAAGAUGGAGAAGUCACAGAGACCCAAAUCUAGUAAAUAAUGUGUCUGUAGUUACUGUGCUCUACCGUGGAGCACCCAUGUUUCAUAAAGACGCACCACAAAUAGUCCCAGAACGUUUUGAUUACCGUUUGUUGAGCCCUGCCCACUUGUUCAGAAAUCUGAUCACAUCUGAAGGAUUUCUACUGAGCCAGGUCCACAUAUUCACUGUUCCUCAGAUGGCUGAACAUAAAGAUGCUACAGAUCAUAUUUUACUGUCGCUCAAAUCAUCCCUUCAGAAGAACUGUAAAUCCUGCUGUUGCUUCUCCUCCCAUUUGGAAACGUUUCACCCACUAGGAAGUGGCUCCGGUCUGCAGAGUUGUAGUGUGUAGUUCCCUUUCCCUCCACUUUAAUCUAACUUGUAGCUGCUGUGAAGACCAGUCAACCUGUGGAUCAUCUAGACUUCUUGCUGCACUGAUAAAGUCUAACUGUACUGAGCUCCCAUGCACUGAGAGCACCUUAAGUCAGGCAAAGCGCUUCUAUCAGCUCACAUAACGAGUGGAUUUCUGUUAGCUGACUGUAAAUGUGCAGUUACUGAAACGUUGAGCUCGAUGUUGUACAUUAGGAGAAAGAUUGGAGUGAGCAGUGCUGCUUAAAGUGCCUCGCUAGGACCAAUAAAGAUGAGCUCCUGUUUGAUCUUCAGUCUUUUCUGCGGGUUUGAGCUCCGCUUUGUUUCACUGUUUGGCAUCAUGAUUUAUUUGGCUUCGUUUGACUUCUGAACUUACCAAGAGUUCCUGUCAAAUUUUAUUCAAAAUCACCAUUGUGCUCCCAGCAUCGUUUUAGAAACAGCUUUUCUGUGGAAAGGAGUUUCAUCAAUAGAAACGUUUUUACAUUUCAUCCACUAAUUCAUUCGCGAUAAUGUUGCUUUAGACUUGAGUAGGCACUGUGAACUAAAUAGCCAUAAAGAGGAUUUUGUAGAUGUGAGUUUAAACUGAUGACUUUGUGUGAGUAUGAAUGUUUACUGUUGAAUUAUUGAACCUGUACUAGGACUGACGCCAUCAUUUACGUUGGUGCCUUACUGCAGCUGUUCUACUUCUAUUACUAGCUUGCAUUUUAGCGACAUCUUUCCUCUGUUAUUCUGGUUUUACUGUAGCAUGGGAAGGAGCGCUGAAGUCUUCCAUGUUUUCCUUCUUUGGUUGUAAAGAUGGCUGCUGGCUGAAGUCAUUAAAACUACUAAAUGUCAGCUUCAUAAAUAGGCUGCAAACAUUUUAAAAACUUGCUGGUAAUACACACAGAACAUUUUAAACAACUUUUUACAAUGCUAACAUGUCUGCUCAAGAACAGACGACCGCUGGACACGGGAAGGUUAUUCAGAUGAGCCUUUUUCACAGCAGACAUUUGUCAGACAGGUUUUAAAAAGUGAAAAUCAGCUGAAUAGAAUAAAAGAUAUCAACCUGCUGCAGACCCACAGUGCUAACGUAUCCUCCAGCCUGAGGGAAAGGUUGGACUGGUUCUGUUGAGCUAACUAACCCCACAGCUCCAGAUUUCUGUCCCCGUCUAAACUCCUAAUGUUCGACAUAACCGACUCAUGCGGCGAUGGCAUUCAUCAGACUGAUGCUGAGGCUUUCUCUGCAUUUCCCCUCAUUCACCUGAGGACACACUUUGAUAUGUAAACUCAGUGGAGAUUCUGUUUUUCCUUGAAACAACAGCAGCAGCUGUAAAGUCUGAACCCUUACAGAGUGACCUGAGUCCAUUUCAGCGGUUCUUGUUGUCGUUCUUGUACCUGAAUAUUUGGUUUUCUGAUCAUGAUUCAAACCAGGUGAGACUCCAGAGAGAUUUCAAGCUAAAAGUUCCACUUCUGUGUCAGUGUGUUUUCUGACUGCAGGCUUCUCCUGUGUGAUAAUUUGGAUUUUUCUUUACAAAAACGAAACCAACAAAAAACUAGUGUCAGGUUUGAUCUGUGUUUGUCUGUGAAGCAUCAAGAAUACACAAUAAAACUGUGAGUAUUUCAUGAAAGUCUCUGACACUGAAGUAACACCAGCACUCAGGUUAUUCAUUAGUUAUUUGUAGAAUGCCAUUUUUCAAGACUGUUCCCCAAAAGACUGACUUUCAGUGAAGUAAAACACACUGUCAUAGUGACGUGUUUGCAGUAGGAGCUUUCCCAGGAACAAUACGGAUGCUGUUAGAAAUCAGGAGACCAGUAACCCACAUUUGGAAGCCGUAGACAUUUUAUUGAAAAGAAGAAUUUAGCAAAGUUUAGAAUAACAAACUGCAAAACAGAGCUUAAGUUUUCGAUCUUUUUUUUAAUGAUCCUUCAGCGCUGAGAGGCUUUUCCUACAGACAGUGCUGAUAAAGAGAAGCAGCUGCUUCAGAGCUGUAAAGCCACAUUUAUAAAGUAUUUAAUCAGGAAUGAGUUGGAAGAACUAAGCCGAUAACCUGAAAGAUGCUAUAAAUCCAAUCUGGAGCCAAUAAGGGACUCGACUGAUACUCUGUUAUUUAGUCGAAACACUGGAGAGGAUUUCAUGGGUCUGUUGUGUGUUCUUAAAUGCUUCAUCAUAGUUCUCAGAUUUUGAAGCCAUGUCAAUCAGUAGCUGAUGAUACUUUAAACCUGGUCAUGGUUUUGUUUAGAGUUACCUCUGAAAGGUUUACUGUUGUUUCUCUUCUUCUGUGGUUUUAAUAGGUGCUUGUUCUAGUCUUUACUGUGUCAGACAUUUGUUCUAAUCAGUACAUUGAACAUGAGCCAUGCCUGUAGCAACCAGCCCUGUAGGUAAUCUUAAAGUUCACCCAGUUGUGCUAAAAAUCCAAACCCUGUUCAGAACAAAGUGUGAGUGGAGAGCAGAUGUUGGUUAAGCUCCUGUGUCAGAUUUUGUUUUUCAAUAAAAGUUUCUAUGGUGAUUUUC